AUGGACUUUUCACGAAAUCGAUUUAAGGAGGAGAAGGAGACUGAUGAGAACGAGGAAGCUCCAGAUAAUGAAGCAGUUGAUAUUGCUGAACCGGCGGAGUUAUCAUCUGAUGAUGAAGCAGCUUUCAUAAGCAGCGAUGAGGAGGAAUCAGACAGCGAAGAUGUUGACGAAGAACUUCCAGAUGGAGGAGUCGAAUCAGCUGCUGACUUGCUUUCACGCUUGAAAACUGAAUCCGAUACUGGAGGUGAUGAUUUUGAUGCCCUCAUGGCUGCUGAACUAAGAGAAAUGGACGACAAAGAAUUUGAAAACGACGUCGAGAAUUGUUGGACAAAGACAGUCAGCAACUCAUUUCGACGACAUAAACGACUCUAUUAUCGUGAGAAGAUGAAGUUAGCUAAUUAG